AUGAUGGAUCGAUUUGUAUUGUACAAAGACCACAAUGAAAUACAAACCAAUACGUUGCUGUAUGAGUUGCUUAAAAACCCCCCAAUAUCCAAACUCUCGUUUUCAGACUUUAAAACAUUCGUUUUCUACACACUUCCAUUCUUACAGACUCUGUCGGAGAUUGUUAUUUUUUUGAGAAUUUUCUAUUCAAUCUACCACACUCAAGUUAUUCCAGAUGGGUUGCGACUAAUAUUGCCAUUUAUAAUAUUAUGUUUUUCAACACUUUUACUGUUCAUUAAUCGAUCAGGACAAGGACUGAAUGAGGUUUGUCGCUUGAUGAUAGUGGUCAUAAUUUCAAUUGAAAUUCUGCAGUCAAUAAUUGGCAAUUUGAUAUCGUCUGUGAGUGACGAUACAAUCUAUGCCGUCAGCGUGUUUUUGAUAAUUAUUAAAAUGGCAAGCUGCGGCAAAAUGGGCAAUUCAACUAUCUCUUUAAAUUCUGGAAUGAUUGCCUCGAUAUUAUUGGCUACUAGGCUCCAACAUUCGGAAAAGGUCGCAGUAAUGCUUCAUUCGUCAAUGAUUGUGCUUGCAUCAUUUUCCUGGGUGCAAAAAUAUUUCACGGAACAUCAUAAAUGGACGUAUGAAUACAUUUUCACCGCAUCUCUUACAAUUAUCGCACUUAUCGCGUCCAUUGAAUUAUAA